AAAAUGAAAGAUAAACUGAUUUAGUUGUACUAUUAUUUAAAUCAUUCCUAAAUUAGUUUAUUAGUAAGUAACUUUCUUUCAUUUUUAAUAUAUUAUGUAUUGUUGAAAAGAAAACAAAGGAAUGAAUGUCAGUGACACCUUGUGUGGCAAUGUUUCGAUUAACAGUAGUGCAACUAGGCGUGAAUCAGUUUCGUCAAAAAUGACCAAGAAAAAUGAGCUGUUGUUUAUAUUUGGAUUGUUUUUAAUAUCAUUCUGCGAGCAAACAUCUUCAGAAUGUAGACAACUAACAGCUUGUUCGUGCACGUUCCCAAACGGACAAGGGUACACUUUAUUGCCGUUAGCCAGUUCAAGUCCUUUAUUAACAGCUGAUCCUAAUCACAAUUACACGUUCUAUUUUCAUCCUUGUACAAAUACGGUGAAUUUUCCAUCUUUACCAAACAACGUAUCGAAUAAUUGUCACAAAGGAAAUGGUGUUUCGCUAUGUGCCGAACAUGACGGCACUAGUUUUGUCCUAGGUAAAGCAGAGGAUACAAAAAUAAUUCUAGAGGCGGAUAAUUCGAAACCACCCAUUUUCAUACUUGAUCAUGAUAAUUACUCAACGACCAUAGCUUUAGCCUGUUGUAACGUUUGUAAAACAACUCUAACGCUCGAUUCUAUCGACGAUAAAAGAUACCAUCUGUUAUUGUCGUCUCCUUAUGCUUGUAAAACGUUUGUACAAAGUAAAGGCCUUUCCAUUAGUUCAACCUUACUCAUCUUGUUUUUUGUAUUUACCGGACUAUAUUUUAUCGGUGGAGCGAUGAUUUUGAAGUGUCUAAGAGGAGCGACAGGUUGGGAGAUGGUACCUAAUCAUAGAUUCUGGAAAAACUUUCUUUCAUUGGUUAAAGAUGGAAUUGUUUUUACUUUCAACUGUUGUCGUGUAGAUAGCUACGAAAGAAUAUAAAUCUCACAUUUUUUACGAUUGUAUCGUUUAUUUAAUAUGUAAAUUUAAUAGAUUACGUUAAGAAAGUUUUAGUUUUAUUAGCUACCGGAAAACGCAUAAUUGAUUUUUCGCUGCAUAAUAUUGUUGAUGAAUCUAUUUUCUGAAAGUGUACUUUCUAAGUACAAUUCCGUGUGUUAUCUGAUCAUUACGUCAGAAAUUCUGUGCGCAAAAGUCGGAUAUUUAG